UCUGAAAGGAGUGGCUACAGUGCACGGUCCUUUAGAGAGCGCUCUGUAGAUGAUAUGAUUUAGUGACAGACUACUGCAGCUAUGGAGCUGCUUUUCCGUGUGUCCCUCUGCCUUCUGACGUUUAUUGGAAAAACGUUUGGUGAUGAAAUCGGUAUUGUCAAGAUUUCUUGCAAAGAAGAUGAGGAUGUCAUGCUAUCUUGUUCUUUUGAAGAAAAUCUUAGAAUGACGCGCUUUGACUGGAAAAAAGAUGGCAAGGAUGUGCUUCUUUGCGAAUAUGGCGAAAUUUCUCCUUCAAAACAAGACGGCCAGUUCAGAGAACGUGUCUCUCAUUUUACAAAUCAGUUAAAAUCUGGAAAUGCCUCAAUUAUUAUCAAAAAAGCAAAGGUGUCAGACAGUGGAAAUUACACCUGUCUUCACAUUGAUUCAAAAAAGAGUUGGAAAAUUGUGCUUACUGUUGUUUGCAUCUUAAAGGACAGAACUAAUGAUCCAGAAAAAAAACGCGGUACUUGUCCAACGCCAUCUAUCAGCAUUCUUAAUGAAGUAAAUGGUGGUACACUGGUGGAGUGUGAAGCUCAUGGUGCUUAUCCAAAACCUACAAUGGAGGUACAGAACAGUGGUAAUAUGACUGUUGCUGAAGCUGCUAACAUCACUCGGAACGGAAACUACUUCGAUGCUAUCCUUCAAGUUGUUGUUACUAAGAAAGACCACUACCAUUGUGUUGUAAAGCAAGAAGACAUCUGCCAUCAAAUUUACUCAAAACCAACAUUUGUGCAUGUGACUCCUGGUACUUGUCCAACGCCAUCUAUCAGCAUUCUUAAUGAAGUAAAUGGUGGUACACUGGUGGAGUGUGAAGCUCAUGGUGCUUAUCCAAAACCUACAAUGGAGGUACAGAACAGUGGUAAUAUGACUGUUGCUGAAGCUGCUAACAUCACUCGGAACGGAAACUACUUCGAUGCUAUCCUUCAAGUUGUUGUUACUAAGAAAGACCACUACCAUUGUGUUGUAAAGCAAGAAGACAUCUGCCAUCAAAUUUACUCAAAACCAACAUUUGUGCAUGUGACUCCUGGGAACACAACAGAAGAAAACACAACAGAAGAAAGAUCAGGUUCUAGCAAAGGAUUCAUUCAUGGGGGUGGAGUUGGAGUUGGAGUUGUCAUUGUCAUUGCCAUUGCAGCUCUAUUGUAAUAUUUUCUGUGGAGGCGCAAAAGACCUUCAGGUAACGGGACUAAAGACCUCGCAAGCUCUGAGGGCAAACGGCAUAUUUCAGAAGCCAAGGAGAUUUUGUAAAUGAACUAAUGAUGCAUGUGAUAUGGAUUUAUUAAUAUGUAAUGUCUGUCAUUAAGAAGAAUUGAUACUCAUUUUAUAACAUUGAUUGCUUAAAAAUUACACUCAAAGAUAAAUUCUCUCCAAAGUGUUAUAGGAUGUUUUAAAAGUUUGCUAGUGAUUACUAUCACAUCAACAUUUUAUAAACAUAUGGAGAGACAUAAGAUUCAAUCCCUCUUUUUUCUUUUGACACUGAUACUGUUUCUAUUAUGUUCUAAUUUUGUAAAAGUAAUAAGUACUCCACAAUUUCUAAGUAGUUUUUACUUUUUUAUAUAAAAUGUUUUGUUGCGUUUUCCCCUCAUUAAAUUAGUAUUUAAAUCUUUGCUUUUUAUGAGAUGUUUAAUAGUUUAUUUUAUUUGGAUUUUUCUAGUCUGUUUUAGAAACAGUAGUGUCAGCAAACCGUAAAACCCAGUUUCAUUUUAUCCAUUUAAUCAAAUUCAGUAACUUGGAUAAUAUUAAAAUAGUGCUGAUUUUAUUUUAUUUUUUUGCCUCAUUAAGUGUUUUAUGACAUCUGGACUUCAGGUUAAGGUCUAAAAGGAUGUUGUCUUCAUGAGUAGUGGCCAAAUUAUAUGAAGCCUUUUAAAAAACUUACCCUAAAUAAAUUAACAUUUAAAACUGAAAGGUAGCUUAUGAAAAUGGUAUUAAUGUGAACCACAUAUUCUAAUAAAACCUGGGAAGAUAUCCUGUUAUUGUCAUCAGUAUGAAUGUAUAUGAAUCCAAUUUAUGGGCUGCUUUUUAUUUUCUUAAGUGCAUUAUUUUUGUCUCAUUCAUGUGUUUGUUAAUUGAUUUAGUUAUGGACUGAUUUAACUUAACCUAUGUGCCUAUAUGUUAAAAGAAAAAGUGAAAGAGUGUGUUACAGAGUGGGAACACUUUGUGGUGGCGCUGUAUGUAUUUUGAAACCAAUCUGCAGUGACAAUAGUUUUCAAAAAGAUGUUCAUGAUACAUUUGAAGUGAUUUUCUUUGAGUGUCAACAUGCAGUCACACAGUUGAUGCUUUUGUCUUUCAUCUUUCAUUUCUUUAUUUUGUUCACUGAUAUCUGUGCUUUUUACUUUUUAAAAUUUUGCUUUGUUUUUCUGUAUUUUGCUGUAAACCACAAGUACUGCUUUAACAUUCCAAAAAUGAACCAGGGUAGUUGGUUUUUUAGUUGGUUGGUUGUUUUUUGGCCAAGCUGAAGAAAAACUGUUCCAUAGGACUGGAACAACUGGCCACAUAGCUGAAUUACAUCUAAACUUGUGCAUGAUUAAUAAAAUUAAUUAUGCAACUAUCAUUGCUGACUUUAAUAAACAGCAGUAACAGUAUUGUGUGUGGGUUUGUGUGAGUUAAAGGAAAGGGAUAAUUAAAACCUUUAAUAAAAUAUUAGCUGAAUAUCCAAAAGGAAAA